CACGUAUUUUGAACACGAUGGAGACAUAUGAUUUGUCCUGGCUUCAGGAUGAUGAUGGUGGAGAAUUUAACUCAACUGAGACCUUCACUGAUUGGAACUCAACUGACUGGAACACAGGGGAAGGGAUGCAUGUGAAGCUGCAAGCCCACCAAAUUCUAAAUGUGCUUCUUUAUUGUCUGAUUGUCGUGCUGGGUGUUCCGGGCAAUGCUGUGGUCAUUUGGAUAACAGGAUUUAAAAUGAAGCGCACAGUCAAUUCAAUCUGGUUCUUAAAUUUGGCUUGUGCUGACCUCCUUUGCUGCCUCAGCCUCCCUUUCAUGAUGUAUAAAAUUAUUCAUGACCAUCACUGGCCCUUUGGAUUGUACAUGUGCAGGGUGAUCCAUGGCUUCAUUCUUCUCAACAUGUUCUGCAGCAUCUUUUUGCUUGUUGUCAUCAGCCUGGACCGUUUCAUCCUGGUGGCCAAACCGGUGUGGUGUCAGAACAACCGGAACACUCGUUGUGCCAGUAUGUUGUGUUUGCUGGUGUGGGUGCUCUCUCUUCUCCUCACCCUUCCAUUAUUUAUUCACCGUAGAGAAUAUAAAGAUCAUUUUAGUGAUAAGAUCAUAUGUGAGCCUGACUUCAGCUACUUUGGUCAAAAUAUCCAAGUGGCAGAGUUAGGGAUAAUAAUCUAUCAGUUCUUGAUGGGCUUCCUCUUCCCAUUUGGUUCUAUCAGUGUUUGCCAUUUAUUCAUAUUUCAGCGAGUGACUCAGAAUGGUCGAAGAUUUAGUAACAGGUCAAAGAAAACAAUGCAGGUGAUCUCUGUGGUGAUUCUCACCUUUUUCUUUUGCUGGCUGCCGUAUCACAUCAUGAAUUUCUUGAUUGCAGUCACCCCUUCCUCCUCCCCAUGGCACUUCCACCUGUUGAAUAUUAAAUUCUUUGCGGUCACUCUGGCCUACUUCAACAGCUGCCUCAACCCCCUGCUGUAUGUGUGCAUGGGCCAGGACUUCAAGGAGCAUGUGUGCAAGUCCCUGAGAAGUGUGAUGGAGAACUUCAUGAACGAUGAUCUGCCGUCUCGUUCUAUGGCCACCUUCACCACCAAGUCCUCCUCAAUCAGUGACCGAUCAGCUGCAUUGUGAAAGUGAUAGACAAAGAAAUCAGCAACAUCUGUUUAUAUGGAGAGAGGAGCAGCACAAUCAACCCAAAUUUCAGUCACUAAUCUAUGUAACACCUUAGCAUUGUUCACCUUGAGUGUGAAAGGGACAGGCAGUGCUGUCAAGGGACUAAUGGGGCAUGAAAGAUGAGGGGUGUCUUUGCCAAAUAGAAUGAAAGCCACAUGGCUUUUGUCAAUGUCAAUUUAUUUCUGUAGCACAUUGCAUUAACCAAAGUUAAACCAAAGUACUGUACAAUGUGAUAAAACACACAUUGAAACUAAACU